ACGCAAGAAGUGGAUCUUAUUAUUCUACCUAACAUUUUUUCGCAACAAAUUUAGUGCCUGUGUAAUGUAUUUCAUAAUUACUUUAGUUUUGUUCUUGGGCGCGGUUACUGCCCAAAAUGUGCCUUGUACCGAAACUUGCUGGCAAAAUUGUCCUAUCGAUCCCCGUUGCCCAUCGGGGAAUGGAGCGGAGGCUACACUUCUACCACAUCUAACAGACUGUGGCAAGUUUGUAAAGUGCGAAUCUGGCCAUGGUUGUGAAUUCAACUGCCCGAAUGGUUUGCAUUUCAACGCGCGAGAGUUUGUUUGCGAUUGGCCCUGGAGGGCGUGUUGUAAUGAAGCUGAUUGUAUCCCUUGUGGGGAUCCUUGUGCUCCAACAACUACAGUGCAACCCACCACUACUACAGAGUCCACCACUACUACUCCUACAACUACAACUACUAGUACAACUACCACUACUAGUACUACUACUACUACAACGCAGCCCACCACUCCCGAUGAUCCAAUUGAAUGCGAAGUAUGUCCGUUGAACUGCGAACUUGACGCUCGUUGCCCGGUACCAAAUCCUGCUGAACCUGAGCUUCUACCCCACGACGACUGCACCAAAUUCUACAAAUGUGAAACUGGUCGUGCCUGUGAAAUGGAGUGUCCUCCGGGACUGCACUUUAACAAAGACAGAAAAGUUUGCGACUGGCCUUGGCAAGCUUGCUGUGAUGGUACUAUCGUAUGCAUCCAAUGCCCCACGUGUCCUCCGGCAUUUUAUUGGGUUAGAAUACAUAUCAUAGACAAAUCAAAUAUGCUAAAACUGCUUUUGCUAAUAGUUUGUGUUGGGCAAGCUAUUGCUCAAGAGUGCUCAGUAUGUCCUGUGGGAGUUUGCCACCCGAAUCCCAAAUGCCCUGCAAAUGAUGAUUUAAGUGAUCCCACAAAACUUCCUCAUGAGGACUGUGGAAAAUUCUACAAAUGUAGCCUUGGAAAUGCAUGUGAAAUGAGCUGUCCAGCCGGAUUACAUUGGAGUGUGACAGCAAACCGUUGCGAAUGGCCUCACAUCGCCUGUUGUGAUCCAACCGUUGAAUGUCGGCCAUGCUGUGAUACACCUACAACAACGUCUACUCCUGCUACCACGCCAACAACAACGGCUACUCCUGCUACCACACCAACAACAGUAACAACAAUACUACCGGAUGAUCCUACAACUACUACGGCAGCACCCCCGGUCGGAUCAUGCACACCCGAUGUCAGAUGUCCUGCAAACGACGAUCCAUUAAAUCCGUCACUUCUACCACAUGCGACUGAUUGUGGCCUUUUUUAUAAAUGUGAUAGCGGUCGACGUUGUCCAAUGAAGUGUCCUCCUGGGCAACAUUUCGGUCCUAUCCUUCUGCGUUGUGAUUGGCCAAACGUUGCUUGUUGUGAUCUAAAUAUUUGUUCACCAACAAUAAGUACGACAGCAUCUACUACGGUAGCAACAACGGUAGUAACAACGGCAGCUCCACCGGUCGGAUCAUGCACACCCGAUGCCAGAUGUCCUGCAAACGACAAUCCAUUGAAUCCGUCACUUCUUCCGCACGAGACUGAUUGUGGUCAGUUCUAUAAAUGUGACAGUGGUCGACGUUGUCCAAUGGAGUGUCCUCCUGGGCAACAUUUCGGUCCUAUCCUUCUGCGUUGUGAUUGGCCAAACGUUGCUUGUUGUGAUCUAAAUAUUUGUUCACCAACAAUAAGUACGACAGCAUCUACUACGGUAGCAACAACGGUAGUAACAACGGCAGCUCCACCGGUCGGAUCAUGCACACCCGAUGCCAGUUGUCCUGCAAACGACGAUCCAUUAAAUCCGUCACUUCUUCCGCACGAGACUGAUUGUGGUCAGUUCUAUAAAUGUGACAGUGGUCGACGUUGUCCAAUGGAGUGUCCUCCUGGGCAACAUUUCAGUGCUGUCUUACAACGUUGUGAUUGGCCAAACGUUGCUUGCUGUAAUCCAGCAAUACCAUGCUCGACAACUCCAAGUACAAUAACUACAACAGUGGCAGUUCCAACUGCACCUCCUGGUAGUGUAUCAUGUAUGACUGAUACCCGUUGUCCUGCGAAUGAUGAUCCAUUGAAUCCGUUAUUAUUAAAACAUGAAACUAACUGCGGUCAAUUCUACAAAUGUGAUAGUGGUCAGGCGUGCUUAGUUGACUGUCCUAUUGGAGAACAUUUCAGUGCAGAUUUACAGCGAUGUGAUUGGCCAAACGUAGCCUGUUGCAACCCACUGAUACCUUGUGAUUCAACUGUAGGUUCACUUACCACAAGUAAUCCAGUCGGUAUUUCUUGUGUAGUCGACGCUCGAUGCGCUAUAAAUAAUAAUCCGUUGAAUCCAUUAUUACUACAACAUGAAACUAAUUGCGGUCAAUUUUAUAAAUGUUAUAGUGGUCAGCGGUGUCUGGUUGACUGUCCUGUUGGCCAACAUUUCAGUGUAGCACUGCAGCGCUGUGAAUGGCCGAAUGUAGCCUGUUGCGACCCAUUGAUACCUUGUGAUUCGACAGUUGGUUCACUAACCACGAGUAAUCCAGUCGGCACGUCUUGUAUAUACGACGCAAGAUGCCCAGUAAAUGAAAAUCCUAUGAGUCCAUUACUGCUUAGACAUGAAACUGACUGUUCUCGGUUUUACAAAUGCGACACUGGUCAGCGUUGCUUGAUGCAAUGUAAAACAGGGGAGCACUUCAGCAGUUCACAUCAACGUUGCGAAUGGCCUAAUUAUGCAUGCUGUGAUACAACAAUUCCUUGCGAAGCCAUUCCAAAUAAAUAUGAUCCUUGCUACCCCGGAGUAUGCGAAACUCCAAUUUGCUACGCUGACAGCGGUUGUCCAGCGCAAGAUGAUCCUCUUAAUCCAAUACACCUCCGUAACCCAGCAAGCUGCACCUCAUUUUAUAAGUGUCAGCGGGGUAAGGCGUGUUUGGUGGAGUGUCCGAUGGGGCAGCAUUGGAGUCACGCUCUACAACGUUGUGAAUGGCCUAAUGUUGCUUGCUGCAAUCGAAAAGUAGAAUGCUGCCAUCAGUGUAUCGAAGAAAGGCGCCGAGAGCUGGGACGUUUAUUUGGAACAAAAAUGUAUAACUAGUUACUAGUGAGUUUAAGAUACAUAUUUUUCUAAUUCACAAAGCAUUGCUGCUCAUAUUAACAACAACAAAAAAAUUGUUCUUCAAUCACGCCUAAAUAUGGAAAUAUAAACAUCUAGAAGUGGUCAAGCUAUGCUAAAUUGGAAAAAGAAUCAAAGUUGCCUUACGAAGCCUAUAAAUCUCUUGAGAGUUUCAACAGUUAUUAAUAAGAUAAGUUUAGCAUCAAAUACAAAAUCAUGACUUAUUUAUUCAAA